AUGUUCGCAUCCACCGAGACUCAAUUUGACAACAGGGUGCUUGCCAAGAGUCCUCACAGCGAUUCAGCUGCCAAAGAGCAACCUCCUUCAACCAGCCGAUAUUCAGGACAAGUUUCCAUCACUGGGUCUGUCGAUCUGAACCUGGAUAGAGAUCGUAACUGCUUCCCUCAGGGCUCUGUUCUCGGGAUGUCGCAAGCCGUAAACCAGUCAACCGAAUCCCCCGGAAAUCCGGACCCGUUGCUGAUCGAUAUGGCUGAAGUGAAUGAACUGUAUUGGCUUGACCUAAACACCACCUUCAACGUCGAAGGUGAUAUAACCCCGAAUACGCUGCACAGAACUAGUAUUCCAAACACAGCUCCCUAUGAAUCCGGAGGUGGAUUCUUCGCUGGCGAGAAUACCAUCUACAUAUAUUCUGGCCUUGGGAAUUCAAAAAGAUACGAUUGGAUGUGGUCGUAUAACGCAAAGGAUGGAAUUUGGAGUCGCGCACAAGUUGAUGGGGGGAAAUUGAAUUUAGAUGAACGGUUUGGUGGGCUUUCAGCUGUCGCACCAGAAUCCAAUCUUUCCUUCUUUACAGGAGGUUGGGAUAUGCCCAUUACCGGAACUUUGGUUUUCAACUCGACGGACGGUGCCAAUCUUCAGUGGACGAACGUGACCAAAGUAGAGGGUGAUGACGCUGUCGGAGAACCUCGGAUAGCCAAUGGUGGAAUGGAUUAUAUACGCCUCGGAAAGAAAGGAAUCUUGGUUGCAUUCGGUGGCUAUGAUACUUCCAAAAACGGAACUGGUCAGACCGAAACAACCCAAGAUCUAAGGCCGAUGGACAAGAUCGGCGUGUAUGAUAUCGACUCCAGCACAUGUUCAAUAGCUGUCUCUUCUGCACCUGAUGACUCGUCCUUUCAGGUGUUGAACGGCGGUCGCAGUCGUCUGAAAACGAACGCAACUUCGUAUGAUGACCUGUACAUUUUGACACUACCAUCCUUCCGCUGGAUACAAGUUCCCACCACUGGUGCGAAACCAUGGACGGCGGCUGGAGUCGGCUGCGACAGCCACAAAUGCAUUUCCUGGAAGGACGGGGAGAUGAUAGUUCUCGGAGGAACAACUCGACAAAACGACACCGUGCAAAAGGGAUGUAGCAGGGAUCAUCCGCCUAUUCGAGUCCUCAACACCAGCAAGUUUCGGUGGGAAAAGCAAUUUGAGCGGGAAACAAAAUAUUCGGUUCCUGGCCUAGUGUCUGAUGUGGUGGGCGGAGAUUCAACUGGAAAGGAGGCUACUCUAAAAGAACCGGAAGGCGGUUGGGGCAAUAAAAAAUUACACAGCAUCUUCUCUCAGACUGUAGCAAGACGCCCUGACGUAAAUGAAGUGCCAUUACCCUCAGAACCAACGUCCACACAAAAUUCAUCCGCACAACCAACCGGGCCUCCUCCACCAAAGUCUUCUAACACAGGCACAAUUACAGGUGGAGUUAUAGGUGGCGUUGCAGGACUCGCCAUCAUCGGAGCUAUUGUUUUCUUCACAAAACGAAGGAAACAGAGUCAUCGCAGAAUUAGCAACCAAUUUAACGCCACUCACGCCGUUCCCACUGCUCCCUCUGUUCACUAUCCUGAACCUCAGCGCGAACUGUCUCCAACCGAUACAAAGAAUAUCUCAUUCAUGUACCUCCAACAAGAACCCAGAGAGCUUCCAGGAAACGCCGUUGCACCUCCCUGCUACGAACUGGCAUCCACUAUCGAUCCAUAUCGUGGCCAGGCGGUAUUUGAACUUGAAUCACCUGUCCAGCCUCCUUCGUUGCCUCUCAAAGAUUAA